CUUUCACCUGAUUGUAACAAUGGCUCCUUCAACAUCAACCGUGUUAAGGAGAAGAACCGUAGCUCCAAAACCCGUCUCCACCGCAUUGAGGAAAAAGUACAAAUCAAGGAAAAAAGCAGAUGAGGAUUACAGCGACAGUUGCUGUGAGAAAUGUGGAUCAGGCGAUAAUGCGGAUAAACUUUUGCUGUGUGACAAUUGUGAUAUGGGAUUUCACCUAUUUUGCCUCAAUCCCCUACUUCCGUCGGUGCCUCAAGGCUCAUGGUUCUGCCCAUCUUGUGUUUAUACCAACAAUCUCAAUCAAUUUCCUCUUGUUCAGACAAAAAUUGUUGAUUUUUUCCGGAUUCAGAGACCAACAAAUUCAAUUGACAAGCUUAAUCCAGAUUGCCCAAAGAAACGAAAGCGUAGUAGCAGUAGCUUGGUAGUGUCGAAGAAGAGGAGAAGAUUGCUUCCCUUCAAUCCUUGUGAGGAUCCUACCAGGAGACUGGAACAAAUGGCGUCUCUUGCUAUGGCUUUGACAACAGCUGGAGCAGAAUUCAGUAAUGAGCUUACUUAUAUGUCAGGCAUGGCUGCAAGAUCAGCUAAUCGUGCUGCACUUGAACGAGACGGGAUGCAGGUGUUACCAAAAGAUGAUAUAGAAACUUUGCAUCUAUGCAAGAAGAUGGUGGAACGGGGUGAAUGGCCACCUCUUAUGGUUGUUUUUGAUCCCAAAGAAGGAUUUACUGUGGAAGCAGACAGGUUCAUAAGAGACUUGACAAUUAUUACAGAGUAUGUUGGAGACGUUGACUAUUUGAAGAAUCGGGAGACUGAUGAUGGAGAUAGCAUGAUGACUCUUUUAACUGCUGGUGAUCCUUCAAAAAGCCUUGUCAUUUGUCCUGAUAAGCGCAGCAACAUUGCUCGGUUCAUCAAUGGCAUAAACAACCAUACUCGGGAUGGGAAGAAGAAGCAAAAUGUGAAGUGUGUAAGAUUUGAUGUUAAUGGUGAAAGUAGAGUUGUAUUGAUCGCAAGCAGAGAUAUACGGAAGGGGGAGAGGCUAUAUUAUGAUUAUAAUGGUUAUGAAAAUGAAUAUCCAACGGAGCACUUUGUCUGACCUCAUAGGAUCCAAAUAGCAAAUUAACUUAACCAUGUCUAACUGACCUUUCCAGUUUUGGUUUCUACAUUAGUAGUCUGUUGCUGCAUACCGCUAAAUGUUGGGUUGGGUAGCUGCAUAAGAAGGAUUUUGCCUUGGGGAAGCCCAAUUCAUUAAUUUAGGUCUAAUUGCCCAUUCUAACAUCUCAAACGUCAAGAACGUUCAUGUACAAGCACAUAGUUCCAGUUGCUUGUGAAGUUUUUGUGUGCAAAUAUCGGCUUUAUAGAUCCCAGCCAUUAACUGCUUUACAUCUACUUAUUGCAUUGUCUUUAUCUUAAUAAAAGAUUCUGAUCAUU